CUUUUCCUCCUGGUCAUUGAAGUGAAAUCUCUAUCCUUUACGGUAUUCAGGCCUGAGGAUUUGCGCCGUGAGUUUGGUCGUUAUGGGCCAGUAGUAGAUGUCUACAUCCCACUUGACUUCUAUUCACGCCGACCAAGAGGAUUUGCAUAUAUUCAAUAUCCUUUCCCUUCUAAAGUGAGAAUUAUGAAAUCUGUAUUUUCUAUAUCAUUUGCUUAAUUUUGAAUGUUAUAAAAUGAUAACAUGCUUUCUCUCAGAAAAUGUCUUAAGCAGUAAGGCUUGGUUGUGUGAUUGAUUGCUGUGACUUUGCAUUCUGUAUGUAUGUACACACUGAAGUACUUUUGAAUAUCUAACUUACAUUUCUCUGUUGUUGCCCCAGAAAAUGUAAAGGCAUCCAGUUGUUGUGGAGCCUGGAGAAAGAGAAAGAGUAAGAAUGUCCGGUGUAGAGUAGAUCUAAAGACAAGCAGCAAAAGACGGCCAGGAUGACAAGAAACAGAGAGAGGGAAAGGUUGAAAAAGAAAGAGAAUUUAAAGCUUGAAGAGACAGAGGGGACGGAGUCGAGGCUUGGAUAUGUCGUCAAAAGAAAGAGGAAAAGGGAAGAGAUUUAAAGGGCAAAGACAAGCAGGAAACCCAAGUUCUUCUGGGAGGCGGUUAAAGAGCUUAAAGAUCAAGAUGAAAGUCAAAGUCAAGCAUGUUUAAGGUAACAAACCUGAAUUAUUUUGUAUCCUCACAAAAAAAAUGAAUCAACAAAUAUUACAUGAAAAUCAAUCAAUACAUUGCCAAUGUGAAAAUUUGAUUCUUAAUUGAACUAAGAAAUUGUUACUCUUAUUAUCAAUAUAUUUUGCAUUCGAUAAUAUCAUUUGAAACUGAAGCAGUAUUGAUUCCUCAGUGCAAGCCAUCAAAUAAGAGACAUAUUAUUGAAACAUGUUUGCCUCAUCUUCAAUCUUGAGAAGAACCCAACAUUCUCAUAACAAAUCUGUUCCAGAACCUAAGCUUUGCUUUAUACUGUCAGCCAAUAUGGCUUCCUCUUCAAUUAAGUGGCAGAAGACGCAUUGUAUUACAACAGUAUUGCUGAAAAGAAUGUAACCACAUAAGACCACAGGUAAGAACCUUAACAGCUCAGCAAGUUUGAAGAUGUGCGCGACGCAGAAGAUGCUCUUCACAACCUGGACAGGAAGUGGGUGUGUGGCCGACAGAUUGAAAUCCAGUUUGCGCAGGGAGACCGAAAGAGUAAGGCAGUUUCACACAUUUCCUGUGUUUCAUGAAGUAACAAUGUACAGUAUCAAGCACAAUUUCUUGUUUGCGAUUUAUUGAUGUUACUUUCAGCUGUACGUUCAAAUGCAUGUGUUUUCUAUCUCAUGUGGUACAACUGCGAUACCUUUAAGGAAAGCUAAACCACUAUGUACUGUAUGUUUGCUUGGUGGGUUUUUCUCUCUUCUCCCAAACCCUUUUUUACAUCACAGCACCCAAUCAGAUGAAAGGGAAGGAGGGGGGAUCUUCGCGCAGCUCUUCGCGGCAUGAUGAUCGGGAUUAUGAUCGGGACAGCCGUCGUAGGCGCUCUCGCAGCCGUAGCUACCAAAGACGCAGGUCACGCAGCCCAUCCUACGAUCGCCGGCCCAGACGCUCUGAGAGUCCCAGAGAGUAAGGGCCUUUCCAGUGUUCUCCAGCUAGCGUGCUUCAAAUAAGAUUGCAAAGCUUAUACAAAAUGUCACAGUCUAUUGAUUACAUUCUGAUUGAUGUUUUGUUACCCAGCUCCCGUGGAAGGAUGUACGGCGGUAGAGGAAGAAGCAGGAGUCCGGAAAAUGACAGGUGGGUCCUUGACACUGGGAUUAUGGCAAUUAAGCCCUUUAUCUACUUCCCCAGAGUCCAAUGAACUCAAAGAUACAAUUUUUAUAUCUCUGUGUCCAGUAUGAAGGAAGUACGAGGUAUUUUCGCGAGCCAAUGCUAACGAGUGUUAGCGCAAUGACUGGAAGUCUACAAGAACAGUUAGCAUGCUAGCUGUUCCCGUAGACUUCGUCAAUUGCACUAACGCUAGUUAGCAACUUCCUUCAAACUGCACGCAGUCAAUAAUUUGUCUCUUGAACAGCUGAACCCCUGACAAUGAAACACAUUCUGGGCACCUUCUAUAAACUUACUAAUCAUUAGAUGGCUGUGAUCUUCUGUCACUUUUGCUGUCCUCCAUCAGUGGAAGGGAUUAUACACUGGACAAAAAUAUAAACUCAACAUGUAAAGUGUUGGUCCCGUGUUUCAUGAGCUGAAAUAAAAGAUCCAAGACAUUUUCUAUACGCACAAAAAGCUUAUUUCUCUCAAAUGUUGUCCACAAAUUCGUUUACAUCCUUGUUAGUCAGCAUUUGUCCAUUGCCAAGAUAAUCCAUCCACCUGACAGGUGUGGCAUAUCAAGAAACUGAGUUAACAGCAUGAUCAUUACACAGGUGCACCUUGUGCUGGAGACAAUAAAAGGCCACUCUAAAAUGUGUAGUUUUGUCACACAACACAAUGCCACAGAUGUCUGAUGUUUUGAGGAAGCGUGAAAUUGGCAGGCUGACUGCAGGAAUGUCCACAAGAGCUGUUGCCGGAAAAUGGAAUGUUGAUUUCUCUACCAUAAGCCGCCUCCAAUGUUGUUUUAGAGAAUUUGGCAGAACUUCCAACCGGCCUCACAACUGCAGACCACGUGUAACCACGCCAGCCCAGGACCUCCACAUCCGGCUUCUUCACCUGCGGGAUCGUCUGAGACCAGCCACCCGGACAGCUGAUGAAACUGUGGGUUUGCGCAACCCAAUAAUUUCUGCACAAAAUGUCAGAAACCGUCUCAGGGAAGCUCAUCUGCGUGCUCGACGUCCUCACCAGGGUCUUGACCUGACUGCAGUUCGGAGUCGUAACAGACUUCAGUGGGCGAAUGCUCACCUUCAAUGGCCACUGGCACGCUGGUGAAGUGUGCUCUUCACGGAUUAAUCCUGGUUUCAACUGUACCGGGCAGAUGGCAGACAGCGUGUAUGGCGUCAGGUGGGUGUACGGUUUGCUGAUGUCAACGUUGUGAACAGAGUGAGGUUAUGGUAUGGGCAGGCAUAAGCUACGGACAAUGAGCACAAUUGCAUUUUAUCGAUGGCAAUUUCAAUUUACAUAGAUACUGUGACAAGAUCCUGAAGCCCAUUGUCGUGCCAUUCAUCCGCCGCCAUCACUUCAUAUUUCCACAUAAUGCACAACCCCAUUUUGCAAGCAUCAGUACACAAUUCCUGGAAGCUGAAAAUGUCCCAGUUCUUCCAUGGCCUGCAUAUGUCACCCAUUGAGCAUGUUUGGGAUGCUCUGGAUCGACUUAUAUGACCGCGUGUUCCAGUUCUCUCCAAUAUCCUGCAACUUUGCACAGCCAUUGAAGAGGAGUGGGACAUUCCACAGGCCACAAUCAACAGCCUGAUCAACUCUAUGCGAUGGAAAUGUGUCGCGCUGCAUGAGGCACAUGGUAGUCCCACCAGAUACUGACUGGUUUUCUGAUCCACGCCCCUACUUUUUUUUUAAGGUACCUGUGACCAACAUAUGCAUGUCUGUAUUCCCAGUCAUGUGAAAUCCAUAGAUUAGGGCCUAAUGACUUUAUUUCAAUUGACUGAUUUCCUUAUAUGAACUGUAACUCAGUAAAAUCUUUGAAAUUGUUGCAUGUUGCGUUUAUAUUUUUGUUCAGUGUAAUAAUCCAAUGGUUUGUUCUUCACACAGGCACAGACCCCACCCACGUGACCACCGACGACCCCCCCCUGGGCAUUCCCCUCACAGUCAAUCCCGCUCCCCUUCUCACUCUAGGCCCAGGGCCCAGAGGGAGUCCAGAGGAAAGUCUCGUUCCCGCUCGAAGUCCCUAAGCCCACAAGAUGGCGACUUCCACCCAGCACCCGGUGGCUAUGAGCCUCAGGACGAGGCGUCGUCUCGUAUGCGCUCCCCGUCCCGCUCGCGUUCUCGCUCACGGUCCCGCUCUCGCUCCAGGUCCUGGACUGGGCGCAAGUCAGGGGGACAC